GAACAUCAGGCACACCUAAAUCGGCCUCAAGUAAAAGCAAGACUUCAGCUACACCCGCAGCAAAAAAGACCACAUCAUCACCAAUGUUCAGUCCCAAGAAAUUCAAAUCAGCAACACCAACAAAGAGCCAAAUCCCCUCUACAAGCACACAAGCACGUGUACAACUAUUCAGUCCACAGAAAAUGACAGCAGACUGUACAAACUAUCCAUCAACAUUGGAAGGGUAUAUCCAUGAUGUUGGUGGAAGGAACUGUAUCACUUUCGAAAUUCAAGUUGCUGCUGAUAUCUACCACCAUGUUAUAUCAUUCCAAAUGGAUUCCAGAUAUCGUCUAAAGGCUUUUCAAAAGGCCAAAGCUCCAGUCAGUAUCACGAAUCACUCCACAAUUACUUCCAAGGAUAGCCCUGACAAGAAGGAUAUAAAGUUAACAUCAAGUGCCAGGAUUCAAGCCAUGCCAACUCCACCAUUCGCACAUGUACCACCACCUUCUACCAGAGAUCAGUGCACUGGAAGAAAAUACCAUCAUCAAUGUUGCUGUGAAAGUUCAGGUACAGAAUGACACCAUCGAAUACAAAAAAACACGCACAGGAUCAAUGGCACUGAUGCAAAGGUACAUUUCAGAUGCCGAUACUGUCCUAGAACUCGCGGCAUGGGGCGACAACAUUGAAGAAAUACUACCUACACGAUCAUACCUGCUGCGAAAUGUUUCAGUAAAGACCUACGGUACU